CUGAGGAUCACAGCCCCAAACACAGGCGACCCAACAGGUAGGUCGUUUUCUUCUGAUCUGAAACAACACAUGUUGCUUUGUCUGGUUUUUAAGGUAAUGUUUUUUAGUUUCAAGCCCUGCUUGUUCCAGGAUUUGUAUGCUGGUCUAAAUUCUUACAGAAAAAUUGUGUCUAAAACAAGCAUUGAAGUGAGUGACAGAGCGGUUUGGUGAUGGUGAAUCAGAUGGAAAGUUCUGUUGUGUCCAGUUAUAGUCACUAUGGUGCGGACAGUGGCCGUGAUCGGGGCGGGACCUGCUGGGCUGGUCAGCAUUAAGAGCUGCCUUGAGGACGGACUUCAGCCAACGUGUUUUGAGAGCAGUGACGAUAUAGGAGGCCUCUGGAAGUUUAAGGAGGUUUCUGACCCCAGCAGGGCGAGCAUCUAUCGAUCCCUGACCAUUAACAUCUCCAAAGAGAUGCUGUGUUACAGUGACUUUCCCAUUCCUGCUGACUACCCGAACUACAUGCACCAUUCCAAGGUGCUGCAGUACUUCUGUCUCUACACGGAACACUUCAAGCUGCUCCAGCACAUCCGCUUCCAGACUACAGUGCGCAGUGUGAAGCAGAGGCCUGACUUCUCUCGCUCCGGUCAGUGGGAGGUGGUGAUUGAGUUGAGGGAUGGGCAGAGAGAGACCCAUGUCUUUGAUGCAGUGAUGGUCUGUUCAGGUCACUACAAUUAUCCGAACCUCCCACUCAAAGACUUCCCAGGUAUUGACACUUUUGAAGGCAAGUACUUCCACAGCUGGGAUUAUAAAGGUCCAGAGGAUGCCCAUGGGAAGAGGGUGGUGGUGAUAGGAAUCGGGAAUUCCGGAGGUGACAUCGCUGUGGAGUGCAGCAGAGUGGCAGAGCAGGUGUACCUGAGCACACGCAGAGGAGCCUGGGUCGUCCGCAUGGUGUCGGACAAUGGAGUGCCACUGGACAUGAAAUAUAACACACGAUUCGUCCACAUCCUCUUCCAGUUACUCCCAGUUAGUAUUUUAAACUGGAUUGGUGAGCAAAAAUUAAACAGCAUGUACGACCACACCAAGUAUUGCCUCAAACCCAAACACAGGCUAUUCAGUCAGAUCCCAGUGUUGAACGAUGAGCUGCCUGUAAAGCUCCUGACAGGCGGCGUGAUUAUUAAACCCAACGUGAAGGAAUUCCGCAGCUCUAGCGUGGUGUUUGAGGAUGGGACUGUGGUUGACAAGGUGGAUGUUGUGGUGUUUGCCACAGGUUACAACUACGACUUCCCUUUCUUACCCCCCUCGGUGAAGAACACAUCUGGUCACAGGAUGAGCCUGUAUAAGCAUAUCUUCCCCCCUAGCCUGGAGCGCCCCACACUGGCGGUGGUGGGUUUCAUCCAUGCCCUGGGGGCCAUAAUGACCCAAGCUGAAAUGCAGAGCCGCUGGGUUACCCAGGUCUUUAAAGGACAAAAGAAACUGCCAAGCAACCAGGUUAUGCUAAAGGCUGUGGAGAAUGACACUAAAAACAUGGAAAAGAGUUACAUCUGCUCCAGACAAAGUCCACUGCAGGUCGACUUUGUCUCCUACAUGGAUGACAUCGCCGGAGAGGCUGGAGUCCGUCCCAGUCUCCUUUGGCUCUUCUUCACUGAUUUCCCUUUAUGGAAAAGGCUUCUGAUGGGCCCAGUCACAGCCUACCAGUACCGCCUCACUGGACCAGGCAAAUGGAGCGGUGCCCGCCAUGCCAUAUUCACCCAGUUUGAUCGCAUGUUCCAGCCCCUGCAGACACGACCAGUGGACAGUAAGAGCGAGAGUUCGCUGGUCGGUCGUCUCUUUAAAAUGAGUCUGUUCACACUCCUUAGUGCUGCCACUGCCUACUACAUCCAACAGAACCCACCAGAAACUCUCAAAGAUGUCAUUUCCACCAUCACUGCUUGGAGGGUCUGAAAGCACAUCCAAACUUAAAAAAGUGAAACCAUGUGAUUGUAGGA